UGAAACAAAGAUCACCAUGAAGGCUAUUUUCAUUCUUGCAGUUGUUGUUGUUGCAGUCAUCGCUGAAAGAUGUGACGACACAGGUGAUUGUACAGCCACAACAUGUGGUGGUGGAUCAACACUCCAUUGUAUUGCUCAUCAGUGCACAUGUACCACGGCAGCAAGUGGUGAUGGAGCAUGCACUGCGGCCAGCGAUUGCCAUGGACGAUGUGAUCAUGGACGUCAGCACCACUGUAUUGAUGGCCGAUGCAGAUGCACUCAUUUUUAAAAAAAUAAAUCUAUUUUACCAGUU